AUAGCUAAUUUAUCAUAGUAUAUCUAUUAAAUAAUAUUUAUAUUUUAAUUUUUAAAAAAAAAUAAUGAAAAGAAUAAAACAUAAAAAAGAAAAAAUUAUUUGUUCUUGAUUAAUGAAAAAAAACAUUAAAAUGACAAAUUAGAAAAUUUGGUACAGUAAUUUGGACGGAGGGAGUAUAAAAAUGUGGAUGAAAUCUUGGCCAUUUCAUAUGCGGUUCCCCCAAUUUGAUGAUUGUGAAUUAAAGUCGUCUUCCUCUCCACUUUAUUUUCAACAUCCAUUUUUCUCCAAUUUAUAAGGAGGUAUAGAGUUGGCAUUGGCACCAUGGGUAAAUCGAAAGCAGAUGAGAAGAUUCUGAGCUACAACGAUGUUGUUCUCAGGCGAUCAGAUUUGGACAUUCUGAAUGGUCCUAAUUAUCUGAAUGACCGCAUCAUUGAGUUCUAUUUUAGCUAUCUGAGCUCACUCUUUCCAUCUGAGGACAUAGUACUGGUACCACCUUCCAUUGCUUUCUGGAUUAAAGAGUGUCCUGAUCCUGCAAGUCUGAAGGAUUUCAUGGAACCAUUUCAUUUUUCUCGAAGGAAGUUGAUUCUCUUACCUAUCAACGAUAAUUCUAACGUGUGUAUGGCUGAAGGUGGGAGUCAUUGGAGCUUACUGGCUUUUCAUAGAAACUCCAAUAUGUUUGUACAUCACGACAGCUCUGGGUGCUGCAUGAAUGAGUAUCAUUCCAAACAAGUAUGCAAUGUUACUCUUCCCUAUACAGCAUCCAACGCCAGUUAUGAAGAGUAUCCAAACACACCAAAGCAAGUUAAUGGCUAUGAUUGUGGCAUGUAUGUCUUAGCUAUUGCACGAGUCAUCUGUGAUUGGUAUGCUACAAGCAGUGGAAACCAAGAUGCAGAUACUCUCUGGUUCUCUCGUUUGGAACAGGUCAGUCCAAGUGCUGUUUCGGAGAUGCGUAAAGAUAUUCUGGGGCUAAUAAAAGGUCUGAUGACUUAACCCUCAAUCAAGUGGGUGAAAAAAAUGCAACACCAAAAGCACUAUUUUGAUUGUCAGAUGUCUAUCACGAUUGUGUUGGAUUUUCAGCGAAGAUUUGUUAUUUCAAAAGAAAGCUAAUGAGGAAAACUAGGAAUAUAGAUAGUAUCUCUACUUUGAUAAAAUAGUACUCAUUGUCGAAAAGACAAAGCUCAAUCCAUAGUAGAUGAGGCAUCCUUGCGGUUGAUGUAAAUGCUCCUUAUUAAAGUGGCAAUCAAUCUUUGUAUAUUUUGUUCGUUCAUCAAGUACAGGAUUGGUCUCAUGCACCAUGUCAUAGUUGCAUGAGGCAUCUAUUAUUUUGGCAAAAAAAAAAAAAAAAGUGGAUUCACUGUUCAAUUUCAUUUUGAAGAAAGGGGAAAAGAGUGCAGCUCGUUGGGGUGGGAGCUUUGAAGAACGAGCUGAAAAAGAGUUCCAUCCUCGAAGGUUUGAAGCUUCAAAUUGGAAAAGAACAAGAACACACGACCUCAAUGUAUCUGUUAAGAGAGUCGGAGCCACAUAAUAAUGAUGUAUCUGCUUGAAAAGGACAAAAAGAUACAUCACGCAAAUCAUCUACCAAAUGUACAAAAGCUAUAUAUCUUAUUGAAUAUAUUAGAUUACAGAUACAUAAAUCUGAAAAAAAUUAAUAUAUUGAAAUGUUUUUUGUGAUA